AUGGUGGGGACGACCGUUGAGCAUGCUAGGAGGCCGUUGCUUUCCCGAGGGGCUCUCUUCCAGGCUCGGUCCGGUGUCAGCACGGCCCGAGGAAAUCAGCGAGAACUUGCCCACCAGAAAAACAUGAAGAAAUCCCAGGAAAUUAGCAAGGGAAAAGGAAAAGAGGAUAGCUUGACCACCUCUCAGAGAAAGCAGAGAGACUCUGAGAUAAUGCAACAAAAGCAGAAGGCAGCUAAUGAGAAGAAGUCUAUGCAGACGAGAGAAAAAUGAUGACUAUUCGGAAAAACCUGGGUGUUAUUGCUAACUAGGUGUAUCAUAAGCUCUAAGGUCAAAAUUUUGUGGAGCAGUCAUAUGUUAUAUCCUUAUAAAACUAUUUUAAACUUUACCUUUCAGCUUGACUUAGUGUAAUGUUUCAGAACCAUUCUUCAAAGAAAAAAGACUAACCACUCAUGUGAAAAAAAAAUAAUCAACAUACCAAGUUUACAUAUUUUGGGGUCAUGUAUUUUGCUCCCCAUCAGAAGCAAAGGGGGCAGACAACUUUGGGGGUAUCCACUGUUCAAUUAAUUUGUGGUUCUAAUGCCGUGGUGGCCGACGUAAGUAAGCAAACCAAAUCCAAGUCUCUAAAUGCCUCAAGGUCAUGAAAUCAAAGCGAGAGCGACAAUCACAAAGCCAACCAGGCUUAAGCCAUAGCCAAGUAAAUGAUUUCCCGUCUUUGCUCUGCACUUUCUCUAAGUCCUGCCCCCAGCUCCUGGCAGAGCGCUCUAACCACUUCCUGCUUGGUGCUGUGCCAGUCCAAACAAUUUUUGCUCAAAUAAAUUCUUAAAAAUGCCUCUUUUUUUUUUUUUUUUUAAAACACAACCUCACAACCUGGACAAGAAUCAACGACCUUUUUAUUUUUCUGGGGACUAAGCCUCAUCCAAAUGGGGCCAAGGAGGUA